GUUAGGGCCGGAGUCUGAGUCUGGAUCAACAGCAGUUCUUCCGUGCUGCAAAUGUGAUGGAUCCACGUCUUUUCCCUGUGAUCUGUGUGCUUCUUCUGGGAUGUGGACAGUUGUCCACAACCACAGAGCAGAGACGCGUCAAAAUAGCACCAGAGAACCUUCUGGUUAUCACAGCGGCCACUGAGGAGACCGAUGGCUUCAAUAGAUUCAUGAGAACUGUGAGAGAGUUCAACUAUACUGUGAAGGUGCUUGGUCUAGGUGAAGAAUGGAAGGGAGGUGAUGUUGCUAAGACAGUUGGAGGAGGGCAGAAGGUCCGUUGGUUGAAAAAGGAGCUGCAGAAACACAAAGACGAAAAGGAUAAGGUCAUUCUUUUCGUGGACAGCUAUGAUGUGAUCCUGGCAAGUGGGCCGGAGGAGUUGCUAUGGAAAUUCUCUCGUACAAAUCACAGAGUGGUCUUUUCUGCAGAGGGCUUCUGCUGGCCAGACCAGCGUCUCGCGUCAAAAUAUCCCCCUGUUCACACUGGCAAACGCUACCUCAACUCUGGAGGUUUCAUUGGUUAUGCCCCUGAGCUCUAUGCCAUUGUGCAGCAGUGGAAAUACAAAGAUAAUGACGAUGAUCAGCUCUUCUACACUCAUAUCUAUUUGGACAAGGAGCAGAGGACCCGGUUUAACAUGACCCUGGACCACCGGUCCCGCAUUUUCCAAAACCUCAACGGAGCCGUCGAGGAGGUGGUUCUUAAGUUUGAGAAAUCUCGUGUGAGAGCACGGAAUGUGGCUUAUGACACUCUACCUGUAAUUAUCCAUGGCAAUGGGCCUACGAAGCUGCAGCUGAAUUACCUUGGCAACUACGUGCCAACAGCCUGGACAUACGAGAAUGGAUGUGGCAUUUGUGACGAUGACCUGCUGUAUCUAAAUGACAUCCCGGAUGAGGAGAUGCCACUGGUCCAUGUUGCUGUGUUCAUCGAGCAGCCAACGCCAUUUGUGGAGGAGUUCCUCGAGAGACUGGCAACCCUGAACUACCCACACUCACGUCUCAGACUCUUCAUCCACAACAAUGUGGUGUAUCAUGAGCAACAUGUACAGCAGUUUUGGAACCGUCAUCGGUCACUGUUUCCCACGGCCCGUAUUGUUGGACCAGAGGAGAACCUGAAGCAGGACCAGGCCAGAACUAUGGCUGUUGAGGCCUGUAAGAAAGAUCCCUCCUGUGACUACUACUUUAACAUUGACGCAGAGGUUGCUCUGAUAAACCCUGACGUGCUCCGAAUUCUCAUCGAGGAAAACAAGUCUGUAAUAGCCCCUAUGUUGUCUCGUCAUGGGAAAUUGUGGUCAAAUUUCUGGGGAGCUCUCAGUCCUGAAGGGUAUUAUUCACGUUCAGAGGAUUAUAUUGACAUCGUCCAGGGCAAACGAGUUGGUUUAUGGAACGUUCCAUAUAUCACUCAAGUGUAUCUGAUUCGAGGUUCCACUCUGCGCUCUCGCUUGGCCCAUGUCAGUCUUUAUCAGCAGGAAGGCAUGGACCCUGACAUGGUAUUCUGCAGAACAAUCAGAGACCAGGGUGUGUUCAUGUAUGUGACUAACAGAGAUGAGUUUGGACGAUUAGUCUCAUCUGCAAACUACAACACCAGCCGACUCUACCCAGACAUGUGGCAGAUAUUUGACAACCCCAUUGACUGGAAGGAGAAGUAUAUCAAUGAGAACUACUCAAAGAUCUUCGAUGAGAAUGAAAAUGUGGUUGAGGAGCCCUGUCCAGAUGUUUACUGGUUCCCUGCCUUCUCCGACAGAAUGUGUGAUGAGCUAGUUGAGACCAUGGAACAAUUUGGCCAGUGGUCCUCAGGCUCACACACGGAUGAGAGGCUUUCUGGUGGUUAUGAGAAUGUGCCAACUGUGGAUAUUCAUAUGAACCAGAUUCAGUAUGAGAAAGAAUGGCUGAAAUUCCUUAAGGAUUAUAUUGUCCCGGUAACUGAGAAACUCUAUCCAGGAUAUUAUCCAAAGGCACAAGCAGUGAUGAACUUUGUGGUCAGAUAUCGUCCAGACGAGCAGCCCUUUCUACGACCUCAUCAUGACUCCUCCACCUUCACCAUUAACAUUGCCCUGAACAGUAAAGGCAAAGACUACGAGGGUGGAGGCUGUAGGUUCCUUCGUUAUGACUGUAAGGUUGAGUCUCCCAGAAAAGGCUGGUCCUUCAUGCACCCAGGCCGGCUAACGCAUUAUCAUGAGGGUCUACCGACCACACAGGGUACCCGAUAUAUUAUGGUCUCCUUUGUCGACCCUUGACACUCCCUCACAUCCUGUCUCCAUGUGUGUGUGUUGGUGUGUGUGUGUUGGUGUUUGUAUGUCUGUGUCCAUGUGCGCACAAGUGCCUAUUGGUAUCACUCCAACUAAUUUAAUGACUGAAUUUCACUAUGAACUCUACUCCCAGGACAUCUGUUCCUGCAGCAUUUUGUUUUAAACGCUUUUUAUUUUUUAGUUUUUGUACUUUCAUGCCUUCAAAUCAAAUACAUUUACAUAUUUUCACUCUGUAAAAAAAUGGGACAAUCAAAAAUAACACUAAUAUGGCUUUGAACAAAACUUUGAAAUGCCCAGAAUAUAAAUUUUAAACAGAUAUUUUUUAUCUUUUCAUACACAGAGAAAAAGUGGAGGGAAAAGAAUUUAAAGGUAGAUUUAACAUGAUAUGGAUUCACUCUCAUUCCAGUGUUAAAUUGUUCUACUGUUCCCAAAAUUUCUUUUCUACUUCCUGCUUUAUAUAAAGUGCAUUAAAUUAUUUGUUCUCUCCAAAAAAUA